AGCAGCCCCGUCGGCUCCGAGCCAGCCUUUCUCGCCGACCGCUGCCCUGAAUCGGAGCAGUUCAACAUGGAUACAAUCAUGGACCCCGUUUUUGCAACCAGUUCACCAUCCCUGGGGAAUUGCAGCGGGCCAAACCACACCUGUAACGUGGAGAGCAGCGUCGCCUACGUGGAUUUUUACCUCCACCAGCCCCUCAUCGCCGCAAUCUUCAUCAUCUCCUACCUCCUCAUCUUCCUCCUGUGCAUGAUCGGCAACGGAGUGGUGUGUUUCAUUGUGCUGCGGAGCAAGCACAUGCGCACCGUCACCAACCUCUUCAUACUGAACCUUGCCGUCAGCGAUUUGCUAGUGGGGAUAUUUUGCAUGCCUACCACGUUGCUGGAUAAUAUAAUCUCCGGGUGGCCCUUCGGGAACACGGUCUGCAAGAUGAACGGGAUGAUCCAGGGCAUCUCCGUCUCGGCCUCCGUCUUCACUCUGGUUGCAAUCGCCGUGGACAGGUUCCGUUCCAUCGUCUACCCAUUCAAGCAAAAGCUCACCAUAUCGACGGCCGUCGUCAUCAUUGUGGUCAUCUGGGUUUUGGCUGUGGCCAUCAUGUGCCCGUCCGCAGUGAUGUUGAAGGUGGAGAAGGAGAAGCAUUUCCGGGUGAUCCUCGGUGAUGGGAACAAAACCAGCCCGAUAUACUGGUGCCGGGAGGACUGGCCCAACCAGGACAUGGAGAGAAAGAUCUUCACGACGGUGCUCUUCGCCAACAUCUACCUGGCUCCCCUUUCUCUCAUUGUCAUCAUGUAUGCGCGGAUAGGGAUCACCCUCUUCAAUACCGCGGUCCCCAGCGCCGGGAAGCACGGCCAAGAACGCCACUCGGUUUACAAGAAGAAGCAGAAGGUCAUCAAGAUGCUUAUCAUUGUGGCGUUGCUUUUCAUCCUCUCGUGGCUGCCCCUGUGGACCUUGGCAAUGCUCUCGGACUAUGCCGACCUGACCGAAGAGCAGUUGCAAGUCAUCAACAUCUACGUCUACCCUUUCGCCCACUGGUUGGCCUUCUUCAACAGCAGCGUCAACCCCAUCAUCUAUGGGUUCUUCAACGAGAACUUCCGGAGGGGUUUCCAGGCGGCCUUCAGGUUUCAGCUUUGCUCCAGGGACUCGAUAUCCCGGGAGAUGUAUUCCCAGCGGGGGCAAAGCAACGCCGUUUUACCAGCAGCUGUCCCCCAACAAACGGCUCAGCAUCCUGUGGCGGCGGGAAGGCCACCUCAGAAAGGGAACUGGAUGGACAAGACGCAAGUGCUGAUGCUGGAAGAUCUAGAAAAGGCGGGAAAUAGUAAUGGGAUUAAACAAGACUUGCUGUGAACUACCUCAUCCUGUUCGGUUGGUGCCGACUUUAACAAUG